CGGCAGUGCAUCCCCAUCCCCCACACUGUGGCCGUCUCUCCGGGUGAAAGCUGUCUUCCCAGCGCCACUGGCCCGACAAAACGCUGCUGUAGCAGAGCCAGUCCGCACCGACCCGAGGCAGUACACUCACACGGGAGAGAGCACGUACACAUUCGGGGAAUCUUUCCUUUUUUCCCUUCCGUGAUCGACCGAGUAGCUUUGAUUUGCAUAUCCACUUCCACUCCUUCCUCAUUUGCAUACAGCAAGAAUGGCGAGCGGGCAUCCCACAGACAAAUUCAGUUUCAUGUAUCAACCAGACACGCACAAGAGUAAGAACAGGUUAUCUUCAGCUAUGAAUCCAGUCUACAGCCCUGUCCAGCCUGGAACUCCAUAUGGAAACCCCAAGAAUAUGGCCUUCACAGGCUAUCCAGGGGGGUAUCCUGCUACAGCUCCUACCUACACCAACCUGUACCAAACAGGCAGUCCUGGGUAUCCACCAGGAUAUACUCCAGCAGGAACUCCAUACAAAGUGCCCCCCACUCAGUCAAAUGGAGCCCCUCCUCCUUAUACUCCGACCCCUACCCCGUACCCGACAGCUAUGUACCCCAUCCGCAGUGCCUACCCUCAGCAGAACCUAUACACACAGGGAGCGUACUACACCCAGCCAGUGUUUGCCGCUCAGCCACAUGUGAUCCAUCACACCACCGUGGUGCAGCCUAACAGCAUCCCCUCCACAGCCCUCUACCCGGCCCCUGUUCCUGUACCUGCUCCUCGCAACAACGGCAUGGCUGCCAUGGGGAUGGUAGCUGGGACAACCAUGGCCAUGAGCGCAGGGACUCUGCUGACAACGCCACAACACCCCCCAAUUGGAGCACACCCAGUUACUGUGCCAACCUACAGGCCCCAAGGGACACCUGGGUACAGCUACGUACCGCCUCACUGGUAGAGCCCAUCCAUCAUAUCUGGAGUCCACCAUCGUAUGCAACUGCUCGAAUCUUACCGCGAGCUCCCGUCAGUAAUCACGGGAACUCUGCAUCUGUCUGCAAGAACAAAACUAAAGUGCAACAGCCACUUUACUAUCAUUGUUAUUAUGCGACAUUCUCUAACAUUUUUACAAAAGCUGCUUUUUCUUUGUUUUCUUUUUCUUUUUUCCUUUUCAUCUGCCAACCAAUCAUUAUCUUAUUUUGUAUUCUUAUUUUAUUUCAUUUCCUCAUUUUCCUUUGCUGUGUCUGUCAUUGGAACUCCAGAAGGACUCUUGACCAAUCACGGGUGUCGAGCGCUCCUGUUACUGUUUUGUGCUGGUGUGCGUGUGUGUGUGUGUGCGUGCGUGUGUGUUUCUGCCUGCUGCAACUCAGCUGGCUGGAGAAUAUUGGGCACUUAUUCUUCUUCAUCUCCAUCGGUCACAAAGACUUAUUGACUUAUGCUGCCAAAUUUUUUAAUGACUAGAUAUCAGCACAGGGUUUCAACACAACUAGGAUUUUAGUUUUACAGAUUGUUGAUUUUUAAUGUUCCUUCUUUUUGCUACACUCAGAUGAGUUACCUUACUUUGCAGUCUCUCCCCCCAAAUUCUUCCUCAUCCUUUUUCAGUUUGAUCUCGGUCGUCUUCCAGUGUAGCUGUGUCCAGCAGUAGUUUGUCAUCCCGGAUGUUACCCCUCCAUAGGAGUGCUAUGAGCACUGACCAGCCAUCACGUGUAAUGCUACGCGUCACAUUUUUUGUCCGCUUUAGCAUUGUACCUAGUGCAAACAUCAUGCUACAUACUAUGCAGGCUGGUAUGUUGUGACACUAUCAAAAUUUUAUCCUAGCUAUAGAGGACGUUCCUGGGUGGUUUGGGUCAUGUCAGCUUUUUUUCUGUGGUUAGAGUAGGUAAGUACAUUUAAAACCUUAAAAAAAUACAGCUAUACUAACAGUGACAACAGCUUGGAUGGUCGUGCACACUUUCUGACACACACACACACACACACACACACACACACACACAGGGGCUCCUGUUGUGUUUUGGGAAACGCCGUCACUUAGUGGCGCUUAUUGUACAGUACCUCCAGUUAUGUUUUAGCUGGUGGACACGCACACUCACUCACACACACACUCACACACACACACACACACAUGGAUUUCUGGGGUGUGCAUGGGAGACACAGCCAGCAGUGAUGGAGUUUAAAGGGAUCGGUGGUGAUGUCGGAGGAGAGCCGGAAGGAAUGAGAACAGUAGACAAGAUGACAUAUUCACAGCUGUCAUCUUAAGGUACAAGAGAGUUAAGUUUGUUACAUCUUGCCUGCAAGGAGGUGCACAAACAGACGGCUCUUUUGUGCUGUAUGUGAUGCACAUUGAUUUUUCUCACUGUGAAUAUAUCAUCUCGUCCUCCUCCUUCCAUUUUCCAGACGAGGACUAAUAACCAAACGGCCUGCAGAUGAGAGCCCAGACUAUUGAAUUUUUUUUAUUAAAUAAUGGACGUGUCAGAUAAAUAUCAUUGGAUAGAUGAAUAGAAUUCAAUCUAGUCCAUCCGUCUAAAUGUUAUGCACAUCACAGCCUUCUGAUUGGACGCAGUCUGUUAAUAAUGUGCUCAGCAUAAGGUCCAUGUUGCAGCACGGCUUUUUAGGAUUUAUGUCAGAAUGAUACCGUACCUUGUCAUGUAGCUUAAAGUGCCCAGUUACGCUUGUAUUCACAAUUAUUUUUUCCACUUCAUUGAUUUUAAAGUUAAACAAAUUAAAAACAACAACAACAACAUGUUUUUAGUCACACAUUAGUUCCCACAGUGCUUCAGCAUCUUUGUCGUUCUCUCUCUGAAACACUCGGUUUUGGCUCCUGGCUCUUGAAAUCUGCACUGUACCCAGACUGUAUAAAAGAUGGAUGGAUACUGUGACGUCUCAUGUUUGUUUAAGCCCCAUUUUGCAAAAGACUGGAUGUAACAAGGAGUCGUGGGUCUGACUGGGAAACUAUAUCUUAUUGGUUUUUGAUUGGCAAGUCAUUAGCCCAUGGGCAACCAAAUAAUCAUCAUUUAAAAAAAAUAAAUAAAUAAAUAAACUCCCCAAGAUUUACAGAACAGACUUUUUUGUUCAGUGUGACUCAAAGUGAGUGGAUGAGCCCAUGAACUUCUAUAGGACCGCAGGUGUUGUUGCAGCCACAGCUAUCGCCAUCUGCUGGUCUUUAGAUAGAAUGCAGAUUUAAAGGAGUUUGACAAUCAAACUUGGUCACAUUCAUAACUGGAUGCUCCUCUAAGAGCCAUUAAAUACUAACAGAAACUUUUGGCUUCAGCCAGAUUUUCUCUUCUCUGAACUUUAAUGUCAGGAAAUUGAAAAUAUGACAGUCUUGUUUGAUGGGGUUUUUUUUGGAAUUAUUUCAUCCAUUUCUUCUUGUGUUUUUAUGUUAGAAAGAACAACUUUAUUGGUAAUUUGUCUACAGUCAAAUACAAUACAGAUCGAGUAAAUAUUUAUACCUGUGCACCAUGCUAAAAUGAAACAUGUAGGGUUCAUUAUUGUUGUGGAGACAAAUGUAAUUCAGCAGAAACUGAUCAUUUUGUACAAGAACUCAACAAAAAGGUCAUAAUAGGCGAGUAGGUGGGGUGUUUUGUUUUGUUUUUUCACUUCUUGGUUUCUAGGCCAAGAUUAUGGCUGUUACAUAGUGACAUAGAUAUGUAACACAAGAAGAGCCUGGGCUACAGCCAAAGCAUUUCCAUGGCAGUGUUUUCAGGGAGAGAAUGACUCCAUUCGGUGAGAACAUUGGGCUAUGUAAGCAAAUCUAAACACAGAUGCGUAAUAGCGGCACUUUAAGUCUUUGUGUAUUGGUCCUCGUCAGUGUGGGGUAGUCGUGAUCGUGGUGGGAUUUACUUUUAGGUGAGGCCUGUGGCAUUUUUUUUCAGGAUUUACAAGAAGAAAAAAGCUCAAAGGAGAACUUCACAUUCCUGUGAGGGUAGAUUGGUCUUUUAAAAAAAGCAUUUAGCGCACGGGUAUGUGGAUGAAGUGGUUUGAUAUUGCAAUAAAAUAAGAGGGGAAUGCCUCCAACUUUAACGUACAGUAAUUAUUUUAUCAGCAUUUUGAAUUGAUUUUCUUUUGGGGGGGGGGGGUUUAAAUAAACAAAUGCAUAUUGUUGUAAUCUCUAAAUAUGGAUUCAAGGCUCCGUAUGCAGCCGCCUUUCAAUAAUUAUUACAGUUACUGCUAAGAAAAGUAGACAUAUCAAAUUUUUUUGGAGUAUUGAAUAACAUUGUGAGGAAAUAUUGCACAACAUAAGACAAAAAAAAGAAACUUGACUAUACUACUAUAAUUUAAUGCUAAGUAACAGGUACCUAGACUUUGUAGUGCAAGACGGCGGAAGAAGCAAUUUAUAUCCUAAUUAAAAAUAAAACAAUAAGGUCGAGUGUUUGAGGUAUUCUUAGUCCAGAUGUUUGUACACUAGUAUGUUAAUUCUCAAGAAAAUAUCGCAUAAUUCCGCUGUCGGAAGAAAAGCGCCUACGUUUGGGCCCCGUUUUUAAAGCGACUCUUGUAUUUUAGCCGAUAUCAAGUGGGUGUUAUUAGCAUGAGAGUGAGGAAAUGACGCCGCUUAAGGAUCUUGUACAUUUUAAUUUAAAGCUGGUGAAACUUCACAAGUUCACAAACUACAUUUUCUUGCGACAGCAGUGAUGUUACUCCAUUAGGAUUUAUUUAACCAACCACUACUUUUUGUCAGUAUUUCUCAGUUAAAUCUUGUUUCCUUUCUUCUUCUUCUUCUUUCCCUAUGGUCAAUUGAGCAUAAUGGGUAUGCAUAAUAUUCAGGUGUAUUUCACUAUAGCAUUGGAUUUCUAAGUUUAAAAAAACAUGCAGUAUAUUUAUACAGCAAGUGGUACAGUAAUGUAUUUCUAGCUAAGCAUGGUUGCAUCAGUGUGGCAGCUACUGUUUGUGCUUUUAAUAUAUAUAUAUAUAUUAUUUUUUGUUUUUGUUUUACCUCUUCUGCAUCUGUCCGCUUCAUAUCCGUUUCUAUAGGAGGGAGUGGAGUUCACACAAGGUCUUUACAUAAAACUGUGGGAUUUCUUAUCACCAGAUUCCCAUUGAAAUUACAGACGUUACGAUAUGUUACAAAAAAAAAAGUUAAAAAAGAGGAUCGGUGACAGAACUGAAAUGGAUGCCUUUAGAAUCAGUUUUUCUUUUUUUCUGUCCGUUUCUGUUUUGUGGGUUCAAAGAAUUGUAUUGAAUGAUGUCUUGAAAACCCUCAGCCUCUGUGCCCUUUGUUCUGUGCCAUAUUUCACCAGUUGUUGUUCGAUAAAUAUUACUUUGUUCUCCUAAGUGGUGAAUUCUGAGUCCUCGUUGCGUCUGGCUUCAUGUGAAUCUGUUUAGUUUUGGGGUUUUUCCCGUAUUGCUGUCCUGUUUCUCACGCUGUUGAUGCAUAUUGUCUGCCUGACUCUUUAACUUUUGCUCCUCCUCUCUGGGUUUACCCCCGUUUUCACUUUGUGCCCACUCUGCAUUCCAUUACACAUCUGGUUUCAUCACAUUCAGGGAUGCAAAAUGAUGUCGGAUCAUAUAUAGUUUCUGCCCGUCUUCACUCUUAGCACUUGUUUUUUUUUUGUUUUUUUUUUAACCUUUCUGUGCCAACCUGCCUAAAGUUUGCAUCCCUCACCUCCCCGUCUGAACUGCAGAAGCGAUGGUUGUUACAUCGACGCCUUUUUAAACACUAGAUGUCGCUGGUGACAAAGUCUAAUGUGGCAUCUUUGGCUGAUGGCUUUGAGCCUUUUUAAUCAUUUACAUGUAAAACUCACAAUUAAAUGUCAUCUUUGAACACUUUCUCAAAUUGCUGUAGGUUUAUUGGGAGAUAGUUUUAGAUAACAACCUUUUAGGACAACCAGAACUAAAAAUACAGACCUGUAUUUUUGACUUUUUGGUUUUGAUUGUGGACCAAAACUCAAAAACAAAUCAUUUUGUUUUAAUGUGGAGACCCAGUGAAGAGACUGGGAACAGUUUCAGUUUUGUUUAGUUUUUUUCCAGAGUGAUGAAACUGCUUUCUCAUUUCACUCCAUUCCUUGUUUCAUUUAUUUCGAUUUGCACUUAAGUGAAAAUGGGCAGUUGCACACUUUGCAGCGUUUGGGGACGAGGGGGUGGCGGUGUGCAAACUUGUCUUAAUCGUGACUCUGCUUCACCGCUUCAUCUGUCAACCUGUAGAUUUCCAAACCUUUUUUGCUUUUCUUUUCUUUUUUUUUUAUCUUGACAGUGAAAAUGUGACUAGAAGCAUUUCAUAACACCUAUCCUCUCUUCCAUAUCCUCUCUUCCAUUCCCCCCACCCUUCUCUUCUUUUGUUGUUUUUUGUUUUUGCCUUGCAGUUGCAAAGUCUUAGUUUUUCACAAGUAUAAACUAAAACACUACUAUCAAAGUGAAUAGUAGGCUCUUAAAUGUCUUCAAUGUUCUGCCGCAGCUUUUUAAUUUCAACUUGUCAGAGAUAUCUCUUAGUUUGAUUUGACACUAAAUGUGAUGCAAAAAGUGGAAAUUCCUUGUCUUCCAAAAAAAACAACAAAAAAACAAAAGAAGAAGAAAAAAAAACUGCUUGCAUCCCUCUGGAUCAAGUACGAUGAACAACCCCCACUUUGGAAGUUUUAGUUUGGUACCCAGUUUGCACAUGCUAUGGUAUAUCUGUUACCGUAAGGUUGUGUUUGAAACUGAAGCCCAACGUCUGUUCAGCGUUGAGAGAAGUGAAUUGUAUGUUAGCUAUUUGGUCCAGAGUGAAGGACCUGCGUCAGGCUUGUGAUAUGAAGUGUAAAUCUGUUUUCUUUUUUUUCUUUUUUUUAAUUUCCUCUUUUUUUAUUGUUUAUUUUUUUUGUUGUUGAGGGUUUUUUUUUUUUUUUUUUUUUAAAGAUCAGUUAGUGAUCUUAGUACUAUAACUAAGCCAAGUUUGUAAUUGUAUAUUUACUGUAAAAUGUAGAACAUUGAAUAACUAUUAAAAUUUUCCUAUAAAAGGAA